AUGGCUUCCAACACCAGAACCCUUGCCGUUGUGGCAGGUCUUCUGUCGCUCGGACGAGCAAUACCGUUCGUCUCUGAACCAGCUACUACCGUCAGCGUCUCAGCAACGACCACAGUCUCAGAUGUCCCUGUCACAAACGUGACCUCCCACGGUCCGUUCACCGGCACGCCCACGACCACUGGUGCACUGUCCACCGACGUCAUCGCGGCAUCUGUCGAUGCCCUUCCCCCAGGACCAAAUGCCUACAAGUAUCCCUCCGAUGGCAAACUGCACGGCAAGCAACCCGCCCCGUACACACCGUCCGGAGGUUUGGGCACCAACGGCUCCGCCCCGGUCUACCGCGUUCAGAGCGACUUCGACUACCAGUCCAUCGCCGUGGCGCUCUACCAGGAGUGGAUCGAGCUCGACCUCUUCCACUGGGGCCUCGCGCAGUUCUCCGCCGAGGAUUUCGAGGCGUACGGCCUCACCGCCGAGGACCGCCACCUGAUUGAGUUCAUGGCCGACCAGGAGGUCGGCCACGCCACCCUGCUGUCCAACAUCCUAGGCCCCUCGGCCCCGGUGCAGUGCACGUACAACUACCCCGUCUCCAACGUGCGCGAGUUCAUCGACUUCAACCAGAAGCUCACGCGCUUCGGCGAGUCGGGAGUCUACGGCUUCAUGAACCACCUCGACGCGCGCGAGGUCGGCCAGCUACUCCUACAGAGUAUCUCCACCGAGGCCCGGCAGCAGAUGAUCUUCCGGCAGUUCUCGGGGCUGUUCCCGAUGCCCGUGUGGUUCGAGACGGGCAUCCCGCAGUCCUGGGCCUGGACGCUGCUGGCGCCUUACAUCUCGUCCUGCCCGGGGAACCAGACCCGCCUCAUCUGGCAGAACUUUCCGGCAUUGUACAUCCUCAACCAGCCUAACCCGGCGCGCAUCAAUGGUUCCAACGCGUGGAACGAGACGACUGGUGGAUGGGCUAACACGCUCAACACGACUGACAUCAAGCCCGAGGAGGGGUGCCGCAACGCCACUGGGGUUGGUAUCAACUGCGAUCCAUGCAUCACAAGAAACCGCUCCGAGCCGCUCUCGUACCCCGGGCGACAGGUCUUCCUGGAGUGGGACUCGCCCGGCCAGCCUGUGGGGCCGAACAACAGCUAUGUUACCUCGACGUCGGCGAAGAAGCCCCAGUUCGCAGCGUGGGUGACGCAGCUGAACGUCACGUACUCACCCCUGAUGAACGUGACGAAUAACACCGCCUACACGGUGCAGCCUGAUGUUUCGGUGUUUGAAGGCGAUCCUGCCAUCAAUGGGACGAUGUUCUUGGCCAUCACGGAUAAGGACCUCUAUGUGACGCCGUUCAAUCUAUCCAUGUUGAAUCCUCACGUGUACGCGCUUGCUCUGUAUCAGGCUGGUUGA